GCUGGGAAGGAGCGAGCGAGCGGGGGCGCGAGGCGUUUACCUGGAGGCAGCGGCUUGGGCGCGCGGAGCGGCCGCGGCUCCCCCGCACCUGCGGCCAUGGAUGAGGAGCGCGCCCUAUACAUCGUCCGGGCCGGCGAGGCGGGGGCUAUCGAGCGAGUCCUGAGGGAUUACAGCGACAAGCAUAGGGCUACUUUCAAAUUUGAAUCAACAGAUGAAGACAAACGAAAGAGACUCUGUGAAGGCAUAUUUAAAGUCCUUGUAAAGGACAUCCCAACAACGUGUCAAGUGUCCUGCCUGGAAGUUCUCCGCAUUCUCUCCAGAGACAAAAAGAUUUUAGUUCCUGUAACAACCAAGGAAAACAUGCAGAUACUGCUGCGACUAGCCAAGCUUAAUGAAUCGGAUGAUUCUUUGGAGAAGGUGUCAGAGUUCCCGGUUAUUGUGGAGUCAUUAAAAUGUCUGUGUAACAUAGUGUUCAACAGUCAGAUGGCACAGCAGCUCAGCCUGGAACUUAACCUUGCUGCAAAACUCUGUAAUCUCUUGAGAAAGUGCAAGGACCGAAAGUUUAUCAAUGACAUUAAGUGCUUUGACUUGCGCUUGCUCUUCCUCCUGUCACUUUUGCACACCGACAUCAGGUCACAACUGCGCUAUGAGCUCCAAGGACUACCGCUGCUAACUCAGAUCUUGGAAAGUGCCUUUAGCAUCAAGUGGACCGAUGAGUAUGAAUCGGCCAUAGACCACAAUGGACCUCCUCUCUCACCUCAGGAGACAGACUGUGCCAUCGAGGCCCUCAAAGCUCUCUUCAAUGUGACAGUAGAUAGUUGGAAGGUGCAUAAAGAGAGUGAUUCUCAUCAGUUCCGUGUCAUGGCAGCUGUCCUUCGCCAUUGUUUACUAAUUGUUGGUCCAACCGAAGACAAAACAGAAGAGCUGCACAGCAAUGCAGUCAACCUUUUAAGCAAUGUUCCAGUCUCUUUGUUUAAUGUUCUCAUUUGUCCAUUAACCCAUGAAGAAAGCCAGGAAGCAACCACUCUAGAAGAACUGCCUGGUGAUAAAACAGCUGAGCAAGAAACGGUUUUGAAAAAUAAUACCAUGGUAUACAAUGGUAUGAAUAUGGAGGCCAUUCACGUUUUACUCAGUUUUAUGGAGAAGAGAAUAGACAAGGGAAGCAGUUAUAGAGAGGGUCUAACUCCAGUUCUCAGCUUAUUAACAGAAUGUUCCCGAGCACAUCGAAACAUCAGAAAAUUUCUCAAAGAUCAGGUUUUACCACCUUUGAGGGAUGUGACAAAUCGACCUGAGGUUGGCUCAACUAUGAGAAAUAAGCUGGUGCGCCUUAUGACACAUGUUGACCUUGGAGUCAAGCAAAUUGCUGCUGAAUUCCUUUUUGUCCUUUGCAAAGAGAGAGUGGAUAGCCUGCUGAAAUACACUGGCUAUGGGAAUGCUGCAGGACUGUUGGCGGCCAGGGGCCUCUUGACUGGAGGAAGAGGAGAUAAUUGGUACUCAGAGGAUGAGGACACAGACACUGAAGAAUACAAAAAUGCAAAACCAAACAUUAAUCUUAUCACUGGUCAUUUAGAGGAACCAAUGCCAAACCCCAUAGAUGAAAUGACAGAAGAACAAAAAGAAUAUGAAGCCAUGAAACUUGUCAACAUGCUUGAUAAACUUUCCAGAGAGGAGUUGCUUAAACCAAUGGGACUAAAACCUGAUGGGACAAUAACGCCUUUGGAGGAAGCACUCAACCAGUACUCCGUCAUCGAAGAGACCAGCUCCGACACAGACUAAAGCAUCACCUGCUCAACUCCCGAUACUGCUUUUAUCAGCAUCUUUUCUCUGUAGCUCCAGGGGAAUCUUUUCUCUAAAACAUUUAUGCCCUUGCUUUGGCUAGAAACACAUUAACUGGUUUACUCAUUGAGAAUCCAGCAUAUUUAAAAGGUGAUCUGUGUUUUUUGCUAUAUUGAGGCAUUCAUACAGAGCUGCAGUUAGAUGGAGUUACAGGGGAUAGAAGCAGAAAAAAAAUAAUUCCAUUUCAUCAGAAUGAAACUGAAGGACUUUUUUCUCUAAAGCAGCCCUGGUUGAAUCUGGUGAUUCUGUUUGCCAAGAUUCUUAGCACAUUUUGCUCUGUCCUUCCUCUCACUUGUGUGAGCUGUCCCUUCUGAAUCUCUCCAGGAGACAGAGGCAAGAGAGAAGCAGGAUGAGCUGUUAAAUAAGGGCUGAGGCAAGUGACUCGCUAGAUCAGGACUGGCUAAAUAGAAGCCAAGCAGCUGCUCCAUGAACCUAGCACCACUCUUCACUUCAUUUCAAUUUUUUAUAAAUACAUAGAAUCACACACACAAACACACACAUAUAGCCCCAGACUUGCAAACUGACUACCCUCUAAAAGUUUGUGUGUCACUUAUGUAGAACUUCAGAAUACAUUUCUCCCUACAAAGAAUUAUAAAUGAUGGUUUAGUUCUCAGGCAGCUACAAAUGCCUAUUUAUUCCCUAACGUACCUGAACACUAGAACCAUAGAACUGGCUCACCAUCUGCAUCAUUGCAUGGGGAGCAUACAUUCUGAGGUCAAACUCAGGGUGCCAAGAACACACAGCCUCCAACGUAGCAGAAGGAAUGGAGCCUCCCUGAGCAGUGGGAGUUCUUUUGUGGCCUCUGUGGGGGCUGGGGUAGGCAGCAGCACCCAUUUGUACAUACAGGUCAUUCAUAAGUCACAGGUUUUAAAUUGGGGACUGAGUGUGUCUGUGUGUGUGUGUUCUACCUUUCUACAAUAUGUGAUCGGUUUAAUGGUAACUUUAUUUAUUUAAAAAAAAAAGAAACACAAAUAGUUACUGUUAAACUGAUUAAGGCUGUUUUUUUACUUUUAGAAUUGGUCAUAUGAAGAAGUAGAGGAUGAAUCAUGCAAUAGACAAUGGGCCUAGUGAUCAGUGGCUAAAGUCAAAAAGGGGUUGGUUUCUUUUUACAUAUAUAUAUAUAUAUGUAUAUACAUGCAUAUAUAUAUAUAUAUAUAUACAGAUAGAUAAUGUGCUUAACCACUGCCUUUUAAAACUUUAAAUUAAAUAAAACAUUGGGGUUGAUUCAAUUUAGCCAUCUGUGUGUGUUUCUUUAUAGAUACGUGGGAUAAACAAUACUGUUUCACAGCUCAUGCUUUUUUCAAGUGUUUCUACAUCCAUUGUCUCACUUACCAUUGUAAUAGCCUUUAAGCAUAGCUAAAAUACAUGAAGUAUUAAUGAUAAGGUCAUUUAUCCAGAAAACACUUUUCUGGCAAAGAAGUGAAUCAGGAGUUGAUUUUAAAAGGCCUCUGAGCUGCCAGAAGAGAUAUUUCUUGCAGUUUACUCAUAGGAUUCUCAAGAAUCUUACUCUUUGCCUGUUUACCAAAAUUUGCAUGUAUUUGUAACAUGUUUUUGUUAUGUUAUCUGGCUUUCAAGCCACAAAAAAAUGGUAAAGAAGGAGGGCUGCUAGAUUAAAAUCAGGCAUACUAAAAUAAAAGCAGCAAAAAAGCCCACUGAAAACUGGAUAGGGAGAUGGGGAAGAAUUAGAAAAAAAACUAUUUAAGGCAUAGCAAAUCUGGGACUAUCUUUUUACUAAAGGACACACAGCUGACCCGGACAGUAUCUGUACAACAUUAUGACCCUUGGACUGAUUCUCAUAAUGAUGACCCUGAGUUUAUUUUAAGGAGUAAGUUAUAUCCAGAAUACUCUAUGAAAGACUAUGAAGUAUACAGUGCAUUUUAGGAUUUGGGAGUAAAUUUGUUGGAGUAGAGGUUGCAGGUGACCCAUGUUUUAACUGACAGCAAAUAAAAUGAAGCUUAGCAAUUCAUAAUUUUUGAUUACAUGAGAAAGGUUUAGGAAAAAAAGUAUUUGUAUUAUUUCAUUCUAAAAAUGCAUUUUAAUGUAUUUUUCUAAUUUCUACAACCAAAUAGCUGUAGCAUGAAUUUCAGAUUAAGUAAAUGAAGACAUGUUUGAUGAAAUGCCAUUCUGCCAGCUUUUUAUAGAGUAAAUGUUUGGACAUCCCUGUUUAA